AUGCUGCUGCAGGAGACAGCUGAGAAGCUGCUGCUGCAGAAAUCACGAGGUUUUUCGAGCGCUCCUCGUGUGCUUCAGUACAUGCACGAUGGGGAUAAGAACGGUGUAUGCUUCCAUGCGGGCACGUCGUACGGGCGCCAUCCCUGGAUGAAUCCUGUGCUUCUAGGGACCCUCUCAGUAGCAGCCAGCAGCCCGCCCUCGCGCUACACCGAUGGCAAGGUCAUAGUCUCAGGGGACUACGUGAGCUCGUCCUUCGCUGGGCCUUGUGUGGAGGAGGGCUGCGUGACUGCCUGGUGGCGGGUCGACCUGGGGGAGAAGCACAGGCUUCUGUGCAACUUCUACACAGUCAGGCAGGAUGGCAGCCCCAACUACAUGCGCUCGUGGUGCCUCGAGGCGUCCAACAAUGGAUCUGAUUGGACGAGCCUUCGGCGCCACUCAGAAGACACCUCCCUCUGCCGCCCGGGGCAGUAUGCCUCCUGGCCAGUUGACACCUGCAGUGCAUUCACUCCCAUCAAACCAUCUAAUAAACAGUCAGAUAGCUCGUGCGAUGCGAUUUGCUCAGGGCAGCAUGCUUCUUGGAAAGCUGACGCCAGUGCAUCGCCUGCCGAACUGUGUGAUAUGAUUGGCCCGGCGAGAUUCUUCCGCAUUCGCCUCGUGGGCCCCACAAGUGCAAAGCAGAACGCAUGGAAUCUAUGUUUGUGUGGCAUCGAGCUCUAUGGAUUCUUUUUCUGA